AUGGAGAAACAAUCCAACGGUAGUCCAGCUGUUGCUGAAACGACAAGGUAUUCGGCCGUCGGUGUGAAAAUAUCGUGUGGUGUUUCUAACCCUUCAACUCCUGAAUCCACCCGUACCCCUCGUUCGCACGCACGCAAUGAGUCGCCCCUUGUAACGUUCACCCGUACCGUGCUUCGUGCAAGCAAGAAGAAGAUACGACCGAUCAUUCGUAGAGUGGUUCCCGAAUGUACUGUAUCGCCGGCGCAAUUCGAGGAAUCGUAUGAUGAUGAAGAUGACCCAAACGCAACACGCUUCGAAAACGGCUUCAAAAGCUCAUAUUGGGAAACUGCACCAAUGGAGGUUAUCGAUUUGGCAAGCAAGUACAACUAUACUAUUGUGGAGGAUAACAGCAUACAGAAAGAGGCUAUUGAGUUGAAGCGCAUCAUUCGCGAAUCACUCAACAAAAAGCUGAAAAUUAAAGCAGGAUAUGCUCAAAUCCAACGGUUGACCCAUGACAAACGCCAACAGGAUUUCCUUCGAAAGGAAUUCCGGGAGCUUAGUGAGCAAAUUGCUGACAUGCAAGAGGAUCUGCAAACGCUUGAUGUUUAUGAUACGGGUGCUUUCGACGAGGACAAAGAUGCUUUGAGCAGUAGUGCCAGUGCAUCGGCUUCGCUGCCUGCUGCUGCUACUGAAGGAGCUUCAACGUCAACGGGUGAAACGGGUGAACAACCAUCGAGCUCGGAAACUCCUGCUGAAGACGGGGAGGAAAAACCUGCAGAAGAAAAUCCGCGACUUGUUGCCCUGAAAAAAGAAUUGGAGAAGGAAAUGAAGGUUAAAAGAGGCUUGGAGAAUUAUUUACGGAAUGCUGGACCACGUCAACCAUGCCGGAAUGAAUCGCAAAGUCUGCUUGAUGACAGUAAAGCAAAGAUUGCUAUGCUCCGCAUGCAGAUCGAUCGAAUCAGUCAAGAGCAACUGAGUGCAGAUGUCAAUAAAACUAGUCUUGAGCUCUUGAUUGAAGACCUCCUGUACAGAUUCCACAAGGAACGAGCUCUCAUGGAUGGUGCUCGCAAUAUGCUUAGAACACUCCGCGCUCAAAAGAAAGCGGAUCCAAAAAGCCUUAAUGACGCGUCGCAGAACUAUGUGCAAUCAGCCGAAAAAACCGAUCUCAUACGAAUGGCACUUCUCAAAUAUUGUGCUCUUCUUCCUUCCGAACCAGGACGAUGCGACGAACUGAGAGAAGAAGUUGGGGAGAGCACAAUACCAUCCCCGCCACAAACGCGUUAUUUGGAGCGAUUCAGUCCACCAGCUUCGGCUAUCAAUUCAAAAGAAAGUCAUACUGGAAGCCUUCCAAGGAAUAUGUUUGGUCGUCGCCAUAGUGUCAUGCCACCAACCUUGGCAAUCAGUGGAAGAUUAGAAAUUCAUAUAAAUGGAUGUAUGGGCGUUGUGAGUCAAGUUGUCGACCGCGCUCUUCGCACAGAAGCUCUUGGCGUCUCCGCUUCUAGUGGCCUCUUCAACUCAGACUCAUCCUCAAAAUCGAAAAAUCGUCCGUCGACCAAAUCGGGCCAAAGCGAUGAAGUGUUCGUGGUUAUUCGUGUUGAUUCAAAAAUUAUCGGACAAACUGAAAUCCAUCCACUUGGCCAACAAUGCUGGGAUCAGACAUUUGAAUGCGACCUUGAUAGAUCUCGCGAAUUGGAAUUCGAAAUUUUCUAUCACGAUGACCGUUCCAUGUGCGCUUUCGCUAUUGUCAAAUUGAGCAACUUGAUUGAAACUCCACUGAAAGUUGGAAUUUUGGUGCCGCUUGAGCCACAAGGCCAAUUGUUUGUCCAAUUCCGUUACUUGAACCCGGUUGUAAGCCGCAAGCCUCGUUUGGAACGUCAAAAACGUCUUUUCCGAGUCAAAGCAGAAAAUGCUAGCGCAAAGAAGCAGCUUGGAGUCUUUGCUUUUUCUCGUCUCAUCAAGAGCCGUGGAAAUGAGCCGGUUGUGGAAUUCAAUGGUAAAACACCAAACAACCAUCCACCCUACAUGAGCCAAAUAUCAGCACCAGCCUACACGUCAGCUUAUGGAGAAUCCUCAUCGUCGCGUGGAAACAGCAGCAGCAACCACCAAUCAUCUUCUAGCCAACAACCUUGCUCGUCUGCUCAGCCAGUCGAAAAGAGCUUUCACCCACGAAAGUCAGCUAAGAAGAAGGAGGUUAUGCCUCCACCAGCCACCAAAGAACAACUUGUCGUCGACAAUAUUCCCGAAGGAAAAGUCGACCCGGUUCCAGUUCCAGCUGUUCGCCAACACUCAUUGGAUUACUUUGCAAAUGGCCGCGGCAGUGCUCUUUCAAUUGAUGAUUUCCGACUUAUCAGUGUUUUGGGACGCGGACACUUUGGAAAGGUUAUACUCUCACAACACAACGCUUCUAGGAACUAUUACGCCUUGAAAAUCCUUAAAAAGGGCGAUAUCCUUGGACGUGAUGAAGUCGAAUCGCUCUUAGUAGAAAAGCGCAUAUUUGAAGUUGCCUCGAGAGCCAGACAUCCGUUCCUUGUCAACCUUCAUGGCUGCUUCCAAACUCCUGAACAUGUUUUCUUCGUUAUGGAAUACAGUAUGGGUGGUGAUCUAAUGCGUCAUAUUCAUGACGACGUGUUCGAUGAGGAGCGUGGUUGUUUCUACGCAGCCUGCGUCGUUCUUGGGCUUGAUUUCCUUCACAAAAACAAUAUUAUCUAUCGCGAUAUUAAGCUUGAUAACCUUCUUCUCGAUCGCGAUGGCUACGUCAAAAUGGCCGAUUUUGGCUUAUGUAAAGAAGGAAUGGGACCAUUCGACAAAACAAGCACCUUCUGCGGAACCCCAGAAUUCUUAGCUCCUGAGGUCCUUUCCGAUUCCUCCUAUACUCGUGCAAUUGAUUGGUGGGGAUUGGGUGUCUUGAUCUUCGAAAUGCUCGUCGGCGAGCCACCAUUUAAUGGCGAAGAUGAAGAAGAGAUAUUUGACUCGAUUAUUUCUGAGGAAGUUCGUUAUCCGAGAUAUUUGUCAGUGGAAGCGAUUUCAAUUAUGAGACGACUUCUCCGUAAAACUCCAGAAAAGCGUUUGGGAUCAAGCGAGCGUGACGCCGAAGACGUGAAAACUCAGCGAUUCUUCCGUCAUAUCAAUUGGGAUUGGGACAAGCUUCUGAGCCGUGAACUUCGCCCACCAUUCCAGCCAAAAAUUCGUGAUCCUGAAGACGUUUCCAAUUUCGAUGAGGAGUUCACCACGGAACGUGCCAAGUUUUCAUCGGCCAAGAAUAACCGUGUGAUCACAGAAGCUGACCAACGGCUUUUCAAUAACUUUGAUUUCUCCCUUUUUUAA